AUGGAGACGGAGAAGUACCAUGAUGGAGAAGAAGAUAUGGGGAAAUUCUCACCCGAAUGUUACCUGCUAUCCUUCAUCACAACGUGCGGAAUCAUUGUAAUAUUGCUGAUGUUAUAUAGCAUUCUGCAUUCUAUGCCUUACCCUGAUGAGAAGCAUACUAUUCCGCGUUACUUCUCUCUUGAACGAAGGCACAAAGUUUUCGUUGCGAUGACAGAAAACCUCGAUUGUUCGCUGUACAUGAAGAAUCUUGCUGCGAAGGGGAAGCUAAGCAUGCAAGCAGUAAUGCGUAGCGGUAUUAUGUGCAUUUCUUCGGUGGUUCCAUAUUCAGCUGCAGGAAUGUUCUCGACGUUUUCGAUGAUGACCUUUCGUCAGAUGUCGCCGGAUGGCCUGGUCAGAAGCGCAGCAUUCAAAGGAAUAAAGGAAUUUGCUAACACAAACCAGAAUGUAGACCGAAAUAAAAAUUACACCUUUGAUGACACCAAAAGUUACACAGAACAAGUGAUACAGCUUCCCGUAAUGGACGCUAAAAGUCUUCCUACUUCAAUUUCUAAGAAACCAUUAGACUUUAUUUCGGUGAGAUACGCGUAUUUGCAUCCCGAACGGAAAGAAUACUUCGUCACCUUCUUCUUCUACCGUUACGUGGGAACGAUGAUUCCACGCACCUCCCCUAAUUUGGAGACGUCGUCGAUUUUUUCAGCGUUUAUAUUAUCGCUCAUAACAAAAAUUUUGAAACCCGAACUACUCCAGAUGCUUCCACCGGUUGAAAAAGAAGCGUACAUAAUGCACCUAAUGCUGGGAUCGCAACAAGUCGCCUAUGAACUUUUACCACAAACGCACGAAUGGGAUGGAAGUGAUAGUAAGUGGAAGGGUGAAUUCGGUGAACAUGCCAACCUGUACUGGGUUGCUGCCAAAAUUCCAACGGGUUUUGAACAGUAUAUUUAA